AUGAUAGGUUUGAAAACACAUGGAAAUGAACCGAAACCAAAGAAAAAGCCAGAAGUGCCACCUGUUGAUGAAUGUCCGAAGCAUGGCGAUGACCAGCCCGAUGAUAGAUAUGAUUUUAACCAUUCCCAGCGUGGGGUUGCCGUACUCAUUGUAAAUACAGAGUUUCGUAAUGCUAAAAAGAAUCUACCUCAUGCCGAAAAAGAUAUUGGUUACCUGACAUCAUUAUUCGAAGUUCUCAGUUUUCAAAUCAAAGUGCUGGAAAACAAGACUACCCAAGAUCUUAAGGACUCUUUGAUAGAAAUUCAAUCAAAGCUUGAGGAGGACAGCGACUGUUUCGCAUGCCUAAUCAGUACUCACGGCAGUGAAUGUCCAGUUCAGGACUCCAAAAAUCUUCGACAACACGUGCUUCACACAUUCGACGGCUCGAUACCGACUGACGACAUCAUAAGUACAUUCAACGACAACGAAUGCGCUGCCAUGAGAGGGAAGCCGAAACUUUUCUUUAUACAAGCGUGUCGGGGACGAAUGGAUGUUGACGACGCCGAACUGGUGGAUCCAGGGGUCGAUGUCGACAUCAUAACAUAUAAUUCUCAGCCUCCCCUGGCUGGUCUGAGGGAAGAGAGUCGUCAUGUGUCACAGCAUCAGGGACGGAACGGUACUCACGACUGCGCGAACACACACGGGGAUGGUUUGGAAAAGGAAGAAGGGCAUCACGGAAAUCAGUUAACAACGCAGGAGAUGGUUGGACAGGGAGUAGACCUUCAAAUCACAGGAAAGGAUCAUGGAGUGACGGACGGAGAUGAUUCUAAAACUACCACGACAGCUGACGCGAAGGGCAGGAGUGAUGACAACCCCGCCAGGAUGUAUGGACCAGGGUAUAUACCUUUUAUAGACGGCGAGGAGGACCAAACGUACGCAAACGAGGAGGAACAAAGGCGAAACCGAGAGGCGUGGUGUCGAUACCGGGAGAAGGUACAGAAGGACCAGGAACAGAAAAGAAGGGAGAGAAUCUUAGAACUUCAACCGAAGCGGGAGAUGGAGGAUGCUGACUUUUGUUCCAUUCCCUGCUACAGCCAUUGUCUUGUUAUGUUCUCUUCCGCUCCAGGGCGGGUGACCUUUUCCGAUGAUCACACUGGAGGAUGGCUGCCAUAUUGUAUGUAUAAUUUGGUGCACCGGUUCCAAAGUUACGAUUUCCGGACAGACCUCCUUCAGGUGUUGACGGAAGUCAACAACGAAAUGGCAAUGAAUAUGAAAACUCACUUCCCAAAGAAGCCGGAAUGGCAUCAAUCGAAGUCAGUGGCGUGCAUUUACCAUAUGCUCACCAAAGAUAUCUACUUCCGGUUGGAAUGAAAUAGAAAAGCGGAGUUAGUUCCUGCAGUAUGGUGGUCAAAACGAUAAACUUCGAGGGUACGGUCGAAUUACUGAGUACUGCCGGGAUACAAAGUACUGUCGUGGUAAAAUGUCGUGGUACAGUUCAUAUACACAUCACAUCACACAGGGAAUCGAACCAGUGACCGCCCUCUUACAGUUCUUGCCUCUACGAGGUCAACCGAAGGGCUAAAAUGAAGGCGGCGAUUAUCGCCCUGAGUGAUUUAUGUAAUAUAGGAUUGGGGUGUAAUACAGUUUGACAUAAAUCGGGUUCAUAUCCGAGCUUUGCUUUAUUAGGUUAAAACCAUUCUACUGCAGAUAUCUAAUGAUUAUACAGGUGCUCAGUAAACGAGAGCACAGACCUUGGUUCGCUUACCCGCUGUGACAGGUAUAUAGGGAUUGGACGGUGUUAGAAUAUAUAUGUAUCCCAUUGCGUUCAUACCACCGUAAGCGCAUUAAAAACAUCGUUCAAUGCAUAUACAGUAUUUACAUCAAUCAAAUCGUUGAAAUACUAGUACCGCACGAUGAAAAUAAAAGUCGUGAUGUAUUGCGACGUUGGUAACUACGACAGUCGUGGUUGUUAUGGUAGCCUAGUUCCAGUGAGUCCACGACAUUGGUAACUACGACAGUCGUGGUUGUUAUGGUAGCCUAGUUCCAGUGAAUCCACGACAUUGGUAACUACGACAGUCGUGGUUGCUAUGGUA